CUCUGUGUGUGCGUGCGUGGUGUGUCAGUGUGCUUAUUCUAAAAGUGCGCCCCAUAAUCCUCUUCGGUUCCCUCUGGUGCUACUUUCCCCCUGUAAAGAACGGAAGAGUCCUUGAAGCAAAAUAGCUCGGCGGGCACUUCCGGGACGGGAGACCAGGGUUCCGGGAAGGUGUUGGAAGGAGAGGGAGAGGCGGCGGCGGCCGCAGCUGGAGGAUGAAGAAAGAGCAAGUGCUGCACUGUCAGUUCUCCGCGUGGUACCCGCUGUUCCGGAGCCUAACCAUCAAGAGUGUCAUUCUUCCACUUCCUCAGAAUGUGAAGGAUUAUUUACUUGAUGAUGGAACUCUGGUGGUUUCAGGAAGGGAAGAUCCACCAACACAUGCUCAGGCAGACAGUGAUGAUGAGGCAGAAGAAAUCCAGUGGUCUGAUGACGAGAACACGGCUACACUCACGGCACCAGAAUUUCCUGAGUUCACAACUAAAGUCCAAGAAGCCAUCAAUACCCUGGGGGGCAGCGUAUUUCCUAAGCUUAACUGGAGUGCCCCAAGGGAUGCCUACUGGAUAGCUAUGAAUAGUUCUCUGAAAUGUAAAACCCUCAGUGACAUCUUCCUACUGUUCAAGAGUUCUGAUUUCAUCACUCGUGACUUCACUCAACCAUUUAUUCAUUGUACUGAUGACUCCCCAGAUCCUUGUAUAGAAUAUGAGCUUGUUCUUCGAAAAUGGUGCGAAUUAAUUCCUGGAGCUGAGUUCAGAUGUUUUGUCAAGGAAAACAAACUUAUUGGUAUUUCUCAGAGAGACUACACACAAUACUAUGAUCAUAUUUCUAAACAAAAAGAAGAAAUUUGCAGAUGUAUACAAGACUUUUUCAAGAAACACAUACAGUAUAAAUUCUUAGAUGAGGAUUUUGUGUUUGAUAUAUAUAGAGACAGUAGGGGAAAGGUGUGGCUAAUUGACUUUAAUCCAUUUGGUGAAGUAACAGACUCACUACUGUUUACUUGGGAAGAGCUGAUAUCUGGAAAAAACAUAAAAGGUGAUUUUAGUGAAGGAGAUGCUCUUGAGCAGGAUUCUCCAGCUUUCCGUUGCACCAACAGCGAAGCUACCGUCCAGCCCAGCCCCUAUCUGAGUUACCGGCUCCCCAAGGACUUUGUAGACCUCUCUACUGGGGAGGACGCCCAUAAACUCAUAGAUUUUCUGAAACUGAAAAGAAAUCAGCAAGAAGAUGACUGAAUAGCAUGCUAAAGUUCAAGAACAAGCCAAAAAGAGGAAACCAUCGCUACUUCCCGAGUCUGGUCAUACAUAGUUCACAGUUUCCUAUUAGCCCAGUCGGGUGGGGGUUGGGGGUGGCUUGUGGAACUCUUAAUUAGCUUUUAUAUUCGUGUAUAUUAAGCUGGGAAAAAAUGGAGGGGCUUUGCUACUUGUAAAGAUAACAUAAUAAAUAGACCUUAAACAUAGGAAA